UGCUCCCAGGGGAGAGAGCGGGAGAGAGCCUGAGGGGCUGAUGGGAACUGGCAGAGGCAGCAGCAGAAUCCUGCUCUGUGACCUGGCCUGGCGGUUCAUCUGUCAGAACUUCUACCUCUGGUCUCCGUGGGCUGGCUGAGUGAUGGCUUGUACGUGGCCUGGAAGGGGGUCAGUUGGGCAAUGACUUCAUAAAUGAAGGCGGAGUCCCGAGGGGUGCCCAGCCCUUUCCUCAGAAUGCCUUUCCCAGCUCUCACUUCUCUCCCCCUAGUGCUCUUUCCCUGGGAGGGCUGCAUUUCCUCCUGGCGUCUCUGUCUUUGGAGGAAUCUUCAUGCUUCCUCCCUUCUGCCGUGAGCAUGAGUGGGAGAGGAAGAGGUAGCCCCCCAGGACAUAUUUAGGCUCCUGGGGCCAGGAAAGGGGAGGAGUCCUGUAGUGGAGGAACUCUGAUCUUUGAGGUUCUGGACCGCUCAGCGUGAGCUGUGGCAGUGUUACGUGCUAUUCCUAGGACAGGUGCAAAGUCCCAGGUAGAUGGGAGGAGCUGCCUCAGGCAGGCUGGGCUUCUCUCUGGCUCUGGGCCAGCGUCACAGUGUGUUUGGAGUGGGUGUUGGGAAGAGUGCAGGGUCUUUGCCCACGUCUGCUGAGUGAGGCCCACACAGUGCUGGGAGGAGCAGUACACCUCCCUGGGCCCAGUCCUGGGGGUGGGGGUGCCCUGGGAGCUUCCAUGGACCUGCAGGAGUAUAGUCAGGGUGAGGGGCUGGGGCACAUCAACAACAACCAGCGUUCAAAUCCUGCUCUGCCACUUACUAGACUUGUGGCCUUGCCAAGUUACUUCUCUGAGCUUCAGUUUCUUCCUCUGUUGUAGAAGGAUAAUAGGCAUUAGGGCUGUUGUAGGAUUAGCACAACACCUGGUAUAGUAAAUACUGAACACGUGAUAGCCACAUUAGUAUCAUUACUGUCGUUAACUACCACCAUAAUUUCUUUAAUGUUGUUUUGGAACUGAGGGAUAAGGGGGCCAGGAGACGGGCCAGGCUCGCUCCGGUGGUUUAUCUCUGAGGACUGAGGGGUGGGGGCCAGAGGCCUCUCUCUGGAGAAGGAGGUGGGUGGAGAGGACAGGUGGAGGCGUCUCCCUGAGAGGGCUAUGUGGGAGCAUGUGUGGGGAGGAAGGCUGAGUCCUCCUUGCUGGCCAGCCUGUUCCCCACAGAUGUUGGCUGCUGUAGCUCUCAGUCUUCAGCCUUGCCCACCGCAGCAUGGCAGCAUGGUAGCUGUUUCCAGCUCUAUCGCUCUCUUCAUACCCCUGACACAACCAUAGCCGUUGCCUGCUGGCACUUGGAUUGCAUGGUCCAGUAUGCCUCCUGCACCAUUCUCUGGCCCCAGACUCACCUAGAAUACAUACCAGGUAAAGAUUAUCUAUUUAUCUUUCUUUCUUUCUUUCUUUCUUUCUAUCUAUCUAUCUAUCUAUCUAUCUAUCUAUCUAUCUAUCUAUCUAUCUAUCUUACCUAUCUUACCUCUGGCCUUAUCUGCCUCCAGCGCAGCCAUAAUGUGGCUUAUCUACAGGCCUGAGAGAUGGGGCACCUAGCCCUACCCAGCUUUCCAGUUCUUUCAGUUCCCUUCUUAGGGCUUCCUGAGACAUGGUGGCCAGGACCUGUGCAGAGCUCUUACAGAGGGGAUUCUCACAACCUCCAUUCCUCGUGAGCAGCUGAGUUGGUCCAGGCACAAUGUCCAGCCUAUUUGAGGAAAUCACGAGUUGUGGUCCAAGAGAUGGAGCUGGAGGGGAUAUGAUUGCUGUCAGAAGCAUCCUUGACUCUGACAGAUUUCACUGCUUCUCCCUGGUGAGUGGGAGGAGAAAUUUCCGGAGAUGCCAGUACCACAGGACAGACCUCACCCUAGAGGACAUAGUGGAGAGAGAGGAGGGUGAAGUGCUGUUUGAUAAGCUGGAUUCUGGGCUCCAAGGCCAAAAGGCUGAGUUCCAAGUUCUGGAUGUGGUAGACUCAAAAGGAAUGUUGAUAGUGAAAUUAUCCAAAGAAAUAAUAAUUGCAGGGACCUUCCACAGAUCCCACAAGCAGAGAAUCAAGACAUUGGAGACCUGGACCCAGCAGUAUCUGGAUUCCCUUGAGAACAGUGAGUUGAAGAGAAAAUUACCUACUUUGUUGCAAUCAAUCUGGGAAAUGAGAGCAGACCUCUAUCUGGUGACAGAGACUCUGGAGACAGCAAGGAAGGAAACCCUGAAAACUGAAUGGCAGUGUAUGUUGCGGAGCUGGAUGGGAGGCAGGGUCUGUGAGAGAACCAGCCUUGGCCCACCCAUGGUAAGUCAGGGAGAUACCAGCCCAGAUGUCAGGCUCUUCAGCUCUCCUUCCAGACUGGGACUGGCACUCAUCUCCCCCAUCUCCUGGCCCUCGGUGUCUGAGGCCCUGAUCUCUGGUGACCUGGAGGGUCCAGCAGAUCCUCUUGUAAGUAGCCUUUUUAAUCUUUUUAAUGCUGCUGGGAUCUUGGUAAAAACACAUACAGAAUCUAUUCUGAAUGUCCUGGAUGCCUUGAUUGAGAUAUCUUAGGAGGAGCAUCUUGUGGCUGAGGCCCUGGAAAAGGGGAUCCUGUCCUUGUUGAAAGACCAGAUAAAGUCUGUCCUGGAGCAGAACUGGGGUGAGCAGCCCCACGAUGUGGGCUGUGACCCUGAUGCAAGAUUUCUCUGUGCCCUCCGUGUUGCUGUCUCCGUCCUGCUGCAGCUGGGUGAGAAGCCUAUCUUAGUGUCUUCCUAACUAUGUUAGCUCUUGAACCAUCUGGAUGCUCCCCUCCCAGACCAUCCUCUCCCCCUGCACCCCCAAUCACUAGAACAAUGUCUUUAUAACAAACAGCUGACUUUUCUUUGAUAGAUCCCAUUCCCUUCAUGAUAAUGCCCCCAAAUCAGCGUACAUUAUAUGCAUGGACUUUUCUAAGA